AUGCUGGAGGAUGGAUGGCGACUCCACCGGGGGAGGCAGAUUCCUUGGAACCUCUUCAGCCCGAAGGCGCCGUUCCAUGCCACGGUGGUGGCGAACCACGACCUGCCCAGAAUGCUAUCACCGGCCACGGGGGAAGCCGGCGAGAGCCGCGGGCAGUCGCCGGAGGCGGAGGACGCGGCAGCGGCCACGUCGGAUCUGAACCAGGUGCAGCUGCACCUGAUGACUUACAUGUUUAACAUCCACCGGCAUUUCGCUUACCUUCAGGUCACUGCAGAGUCCCAGCAGAUCUAUCCUCAAGUGAUGGGCCUCGGCCAGUCAAAUGACUGGGGCCAAAUGGGCGACAAGAUAAAUGCGAUACGGACAUUCGCCUUUUCGAAGAAUGACCAGGAUGUUAUGAUUGUUGCAGACGCCUUUGAUACGCUGAUUUUGGCAGGUCGGCUUGAAAUACUGCGGAAGUUUGAGGAGCUUGAAAAGGAAUCUGGGCGCAGCAUCGUCUUCAAUGCUGAGGUUGCCUGUUUCCCAAACAGCGACAGCAUCUGUGAAAAGACUCCUCCCUCGAAGUACCGCUGGCGCUUUCUGAAUGCUGGGCUCAUGGUGGGUCGUGUGCACGCCUUCAAGACGAUCCUCCCCGAGGCUCUGGAAGGCGAGAGGAAGCAGGUGAAUGAUCAAUGGUGGUGGCAAACCUACCGCAGAGACCAUCCAGAGAAGAUUCUUCUGGACACGGAGUGCAAGCUGACAUGCAACCUCUUCGCCGUUGAAGAAGAGGAGGGCAUCAGCUUAGAGGGGAGACGGCUGCAUGUGCGGCCAACUGGCACUGUACCACCAUUGAUUCACUUUGCAAGCUACGGGCAUCGCACCAGAUGGGUGAAUGGCCGGUCGACUUCCUACGUGCAGGACGUCUUCCGGCAACUCUUUCCGCAGGAGUCUGCAAGUCUGAUGGAGGGAUGGUGGAUUGGAAUUCGGGUCGGAUCCAGCCACGAUCUCAAAAUCUACGAGGGCCCGGGAUGGUGGCGACUCCUCACCUCUGCGAUUUGCCUCCAGUGCGACCUGGGAGGUGUAGAAUCCGAUGACUGCAAGUACUUGGGGCACAGUGCCACCUGUUUCUGGCUCAACCUCGGAUGGUUCCUACUUCUGCUGGUCCUGUCCUUCUGCAUACUCGUCUGCGCACGGGGGCGGCAGGUAUUUGCUUGCGGUCAGCGGGUUCAGGUUCUCGAGGCCUGGCGACGCUAUCUGAAGCCCCGGAAGCCGACGGUGCUGGCGGUGCCGUAUCUGGAGGGCCAGGCAAUCGGCGUGAUCGCUCCGGGUCCUGAGAGGACUGGUGAGAGGCCGGCAAAGCUCCGGCUCUACUCAAUCGCUUCAUCCAGGUCAGGAGACGACCAAAGGUCGAAGACCCUCUCGCUUUGCGUGAAGCGCGUCCUGGACGUCUCGGAGCGCGACCAGCGCGACCGGUCGCGCGGUGUGGGAGGGCCGAAGACCGCUGGGGUCUGCUCGAAUUACCUCUGUGAUGCGCAGCCGGGGGAUAAGGUAGUGAUUACUGGCCCCACAGGGAACGAAAUGCUUCUACCUGAGGAAAACUGCUGUAACUUGAUUCUGGUGGCAACAGGCGCAGGCAUCGCUCCAAUCCGAGCACAACUGCGACGGCUUUUUCAUGACGUUUCGGCGGCCAAUCCCGACACAACCCGCAAGUUUACAGGCCUGGCUUGGCUUUUCUACGGGGUUCGCUAUGCGUCGUGUCGGCUCUAUGAGGAUGAGCACAUGUCCUACAAGGCGAAGUUUCCGGACAACUUUAGGUACAACUGCGCCAUCAGCCGUGAAAGCAGUUCUGGAGAGAAGGAGUAUGUACAGACGCAGAUGUGUCAACACAUGGACGAACUCUGGCGACUCCUUCAGCUGCCAAAGACUCACCUUUAUGCGUGCGGCGUAAAGGGCCUGGAAUCCGGGCUUUCUGACUGUCUUGCCUCUGCUGCAAGGGAUCGCGGCCAGGACUGGCGUGAACUUCACAAGGCAAUGAGGACCGAGGGACGCUACCAUGUGGAGGUUUACUGA